GCUUGGGUACGGUAGUGGCCGGCGAGCGGCUGAGGCGGAGAUGACUGCCAUCCUGCAGCGCAUCGAACCGCUGUCAAGUCGGGUGGUGCGCGUCCUGGGCUGUAACCCGGGUCCCAUGACCCUGCAGGGCACCAACACCUACUUGGUGGGGACCGGCCCCAGGAGAAUCCUCAUUGACACUGGAGAACCAGCAGUUCCAGAAUAUAUCAGCUGUUUAAAGCAGGCUCUGACUGAGUUUAACACAGCAAUCCAGGAAAUCAUAGUGACUCAUUGGCACCGUGAUCAUACUGGAGGCAUAAGAGAUAUUUGUAAAAGCAUCAGUAAUGAUACUGUAUAUUGCAUUAAAAAACUCCCACGGAAUCCUCACAGAGAAGAAAUUAUAGGAGAUGGAGAGCAACAAUAUGUUUAUCUGAAAGAUGGAGAUAUGAUUAAGACUGAGGGUGCCACUCUAAGAGUUAUAUACACACCUGGCCACACUGAUGAUCAUAUGGCUCUACUUUUAGAAGAGGAAAAUGCUCUCUUUUCUGGAGAUUGCAUUCUAGGGGAAGGAACAACUGUAUUUGAAGACCUCUAUGAUUAUAUGAACUCCCUAAAAGAGUUAUUGAAAAUCAAAGCUGAUAUCAUAUAUCCAGGACAUGGCCCAGUAAUCCAUAAUGCUGAAGCUAAAAUUCUGCAAUACAUUUCUCACAGAAAUAUGCGAGAACAGCAAAUUCUUACAACAUUUAGUGAGAACUUUGAAAAAUCAUUUACAGUGGCGGAGCUUGUAAAAAAUAUUUACAAGAAUACUCCUGAGUAUUUAUAUAAAAUGGCUGAACGUAAUCUCUUGCUGCAUUUGAAAAAAUUAGAAAAAGAAGGAAAAAUAUCUAGCAACACGGAUCCUGACAAGAAAUGGAAAGCUAAUCUUUAGUGUUAGAUUAAUGCAAGCUUUUGUUGUUUUGUUUUUAGAGAAUGGUAUGUUUUCUUAAUUAUUUACAGAGAACAUAGAGUGUAAAGCAUUGAAAAUAAUCCUAGAUAUACUUUAAAAUAAUGUCAUAAUUAUUCUAAAAUAUAUAAAUUACAUUUCACAUCUAAAAUAUAGCUUAUUUAUUUAACCUGGUCUUACCACAUUUUACCAAAAAUUCAGAAUCCAACAUUGUAUCCACUUUCAAUAGAUUAAGUAAAAUGGUUACUUUAAAAAUGAUAAGAUUUAUGUAAUUUAAACUAGAUGUUAUUCUUGGAGAUCAGUUAUCUAUUACCAGUGGCCAGUAAUACUGUUUUCUCUAGCUGUUUCACUUCACAGCACAGGUUUCUAUGUAAUCCUUCCUUUUCUACAACCCUUUCUAUAUAUGUAGAUAACAGCUUUGGUUUCAUGUUUCUAUCAAUUAUGUCAUGAUUAUGUAUUAGCUCUAAA